CAAAGAUGGCGGACAGAAACUAACAUUUGAAAGGAACAAUAUUUAGACAUUUUUUAAAGAAAUGUCUUCUUUCGUGAAUUCGAAUGGUUUGGUUGACGAGUUUGAUGAAAGGAGGCGUUCCUUGUCGUCCUCUAAAGGAAAAAUGGAUUCUAUCGAUUGCAUCAACCAGAAGAUAAGAGACCUUGGCACAGAGUUGACGUCGUUUUAUCCUAAAAAUGAGCUUGUAAUAGAAAGUUACGGUGAAAUAAGAUCAAAUGUUAGUAGUAAAAGCGAAAAAAAUUUUAGUUAUGGGCACUUAGAAAUUGAUUAUCGAGCUCCGAAGCAAGUUUCACGAAAAUCAGCUAUCUCGACGCGAGAAAAGAAAAGUCGAGAUGUGAAUAAGUUUGCUGGUGUUUACUCCAUGAGAACAGUCAUGGGAAAAAACACAAACCCUUUUCAUACUCAUGGUGGAACAAUUAAUCCGACAAAGAAGUUAUUUAGCAAGAUUCAACGAGAUGAAACUAAAGUUUCAAAAAGACCUUUACUUGUCGAGUAUCUUUCAGAUGCUGAAGAAGAGAAUGUCAAGAAGAAGACUUAUAGGUAUAUGUUUGUUUAUUUUUGUCUUCUCCGUAACUUGUUCUUUAGGGGCAACAUCGUCCCCCUUAUGCAAAAUGAAUGUAAUGCUAAUUAUUUUUGGACUUUGCUGUCUUUGAUGCUGUUGAAAUAA